UGUGCAGAGGAGUGAAUGCCCCAUGUUGUGUUAGUGCCUGUCUGCCAUGCUGGCCUGUCUGCCAGGACCAGGUGACCUCUCCUUUCAGCUUCUUUCUUACACGCAGAUGAACACUGGACUUCAGAAAUGGGACACUACACAGAAAAUGAGAUCUGCACAGUAUCCUACCCCAGCAGAAUUGGAUGCUUAUGCUAAGAAGGUCGCCAACAAUCCACUGACUAUAAAAAUUUUUCCAAACAGUGUCAAGGUUCCCCAGAGGAAACACAUACGCCGUACUGUGAACGGACUUGAUACUUCGGGCCAGAGGUACAGUCCCUACCCGUCUCAGGCCACCACGAAAACAGGCCUCCUGGCGAUAGUCAAAUCUCCAGCGAAAGGCAUUAUCAAAGACUUUGACGGGACACGCACGCGCCUGCUGCCGGAAGCGAUGAUGAAUCCCCCUUCCACACCGUACGUUGCACCUAGCACUUUAACCCACCCCCAGGCGCUUGCUCGCCAGCAGGCUCUCCAGCAUGCACAGACUUUGCCGCACCCCCAGAGUAUACCGCAGCCACAGGCUCUGCAGCACCCUCAGGGUAUACCCCAGCCACAGAGCUUACCGCACCCUCAGGGGAUACCGCAGCCCCAGGCGCUGCCGCACCCUCAGAACAUGCAGCAGCCGCAGGGCUUGCAGCACCCUCAGACCAUGGCACACCAGACUCUGCAGCACCCCCCAAAUCCUUUGCUGCAGCCAGGUUUACAUGGAAGCAGAAAGAUGCCGGAUGCAGAUGCGCCGCCGAAUGUGACCGUGUCUACCUCAACCAUUCCCCUCUCUAUGGCUGCCACCCUGCAGCAGAACCAGCCACCGGACCUGAGCAGCAUUGUGCACCAGAUUAACCAGUUCUGCCAGGCCAGAGCUGGCAUUAGCACUACCUCAGUAUGUGAGGGACAGAUCGCAAACCCCAGCCCUAUAAGUCGCAACCUGCUUAUCAAUGCAAGUACCAGGGUAUCUACUCACAAUGUCCCUACACCCAUGCCUUCCUGUGUAGUAAACCCUGUAGAUCAUGCUGCUGCUGCUAUUCCUCCUGCCUCUGUUAAUGUGCCCAUGGUGAAUAUUAACAGGGUGCCGCCCGCCUACCAGAACGAAAUCAAAUCGGUUGCGUGGAACCAGCACCAGCUUGCACAUCUGCAGCAAAUGUGUGGGGAUGCUGCUGGGCCUGCUGGACUGGCAGGGAAGCACCCUCAGAGAGAGAUCGCGGGGCAGAGUUUCCCUGGCAAAACUUCAAACUACCCUCAAGAACUGUGCAUGGGCCAGUCCUUCAGCUUGAAGCCCCCCAUCGAGAAGCCUACGCCUUCUCCGCCUGUGAACGGGUUGCAGGGACCCUUGCCAUAUACCAAUGGGCACUAUUUCCAGCCCAUCUGGAAUAACAUUCUGCCCACACCCAACAGUGACAGCUCUGGGUCCCAGGACCUCGCCAUGCCUUUCCACGGGGGACAGGCGGCAGGAGCGCCGCUAGAUUGUGCAGGAGGAACUCAUUACAGAGCUGGAGCUGGCCCAUCCAGCCAGAAUAAUGUGAUGCAGACCAUGGAUUACCUAAGCGGGGACUUCCAGCAGUCCUGCUUCAGAGAUCAGAACAUGGCCGUGCUGGGAAAAGUCCAUCGGCCUCCCAUGAACCGAGCACCUGAACCAACCGAUAGUCGAAAUCUUCAUAUUCAACACCCAGGGUAUAGAUAGGCUGCAGUCACUUUCACAGACAAAAAUUAUAGGUUUAGUCUUAAUUUUAAUUAAUAAGCAAGGCAUUUUUAACUUGCAAACUUGUGUGAUCAUUAUAGUAACCAUUGGAAGAAGACAUACUGUAUAUUUAAAAGCUUUGCUUACAUGUUACCUAUCUCCUUUCUGCAUUUAACCUGCCCUUACUUUCAAAGAAUUUAAUUACACUACUUCCCGCCGCAGCCGUUUCCUCGCCGCAGAAUCCCCUUCCCGCAGCUUUUGCCUUCUGCUUAGUGGCUCCGUGCUGGACCGAUGCCGAGUUGCUGCGGGGUCUCGCAGUUGCAUCCGUUCGCCGGCCCCGUCGAGGGCGAGGUAGCGUAGCUGCUUACUUUUCCAUCUCGGUUUCCUCCGAAGAUUCAGAGCAACAGGGUUUGUCAGGAAGCGGGGCUUAUUUUCACCUCGAAAGCCCGUUUCAUUAAUGCAUCAAACACUGACCAUGUGCACUGUCUAGAGGCCUGUUUAAUUGAAAAAGAAGCCCACGUUUGCAAAGAGCUGGCUAGGGUGGGCAUUAACCUAGGAAGA